AACACUGCUUCACAGUGUUCUUCCUUACAUAAAUCCAACAAAGAUCAAAGUUAUUCCUAAAGAACUCAAAGAUGACGUGUGGCAAUUCCGUAAGAGAUUUGAGCAGCAAGUUCUCGAAGUUAGAAAAGUUCGAAGGCCAGGACUUUUGUCGAUGGCAGAAGAAGAUGCACUUCCUUCUCACAACAUUGAAGGUCGUGUAUGUACUGAGCACGCCUAUGCCGCAGAUCAUGGAUGACGAUACACUGGAACAGACGAGGAAGCGGUGCAAGUGGGAGAACGAUGACUACAUUUGUCGAGGACAUUUUCUAAACGGUAUGUCUGACUCUCUGUUUGAUGUAUAUCAAAAUGUUGAAUCUGCAAAGUUACUGUGGGACGGUCUAGAAGAAAAGUACAUGGCCGAGGACGCUUCAAGCAAGAAGUUCCUCGUCAGUAACUUUAACAAUUAUAAGAUCGUCGACUCUCGACCGGUCAUGGAACAAUACAAUGAACUUUUGAGGAUCCUAGGCCAGUUUGCACAGCAUAACAUGGCAAUGGAUGAAUCCAUAUCUGUGUCUAGUAUUAUAGACAAACUGCCUCCUUUGUGGAAAGAAUGCAAACGUGAGUUAAAGCAUAACAAGGAGAAAAUGAAUCUGGUGCAACUUGGAACCCAUCUUCGGAUUGAGGAGUCCAUCCGAGAUCAAGAGGGAAAGAAGGUGAAGGACAUAGUCGGUCCAUCGUCCAUCAACAUGACGCCGAAAUUGUACGAAGGCGCACGACCCGGAUACGUUAAGGCCACUUCAAGCAGGAUUGUCGGAUUGGCAAGCGGGACAAGGAUACAAGUAAGAAUGGUUCCGGUCAAGGAACCAAGGACCAAAACAAAUCAGAAGAAUGAUGACAUCUCUUGGUGGGUUGAUUCGGGGGCAACAUGUCACGUGUGCAAGGACAAAAGAUGGUUCAGUUCGUUGGAAUCAAUGGACUAUGGAUCAGUGUUGCGCAUGGGAAACAUAGCCACCGAACCUGUCAAGGGAAUUGGAAUAGUAAAACUUGUAUUCAUUUCCGGCAAAAAUACUCUGGUCACGAAAAUCUUAAGGAUUUUCUUAAAGAAAAUCGACCCCGGCCAGGGGCUCUGCCCCUUGGACCCCGCCAGGGGCUGCCGCCCCUUGGACCCCGCCAGGGGCUGCCGCCCCUUGGACCCCGCCAGGGGCUGCCGCCCCUUGGACCCCGCUACCCGGGGGCUGCCGCCCCCGAACCCCCGCUAUCCCGGGGGCUCCUCUCCCGGACUCCCAUUGUGAAUUUAUAAUAUCGUUGAACGAGCUCGUUUUCCGCGUCUCCUAACUCAUUUGACAACGUCUAUUUAAAUUGUUGUCCGAUCGAAAUAAAUCCAAUUACACAAAAUAAACUGAUGACACUAAAAUCACCAACAUUUUUCACCUAUAUAAUUAUAUGGUCUAACAUGCUUUGCAAUAUAUAUUCUUUCUUUCGUCAAAUAAAAUUUUAAGCUAUAA